GAAGUAUUCAAGGGAUUUAUUCUAGAUAAAUGCCAAGCCUAUUAUUUACAAAAUCCCAGUUCUUCUGGUAAUAGUUUAGCAUCUGAAGAAUUGGCAUCUGAAGAAUUGUUACAAUAUAUUAGUUAUUUGCAAUCUCAGUUUGAUGAAAACAUUGAUGUGUAUAAAUGGUGGAAAAUUUCAAAACAUGAAUUUCCUGGUUUAGCUACUCUUGCAAGGAAAUAUUUGCCUUUGGUGUCAAAUUAUGAAAUGCAAUCAAAUAAUCUUAAAAAUUUAUAG